GAGAGCUCACGAAAAGCAAAAAUCAUGGAUUUCCGUCGCUUAGUGGUCAUUUUGGCAAUUACCUUCGCGGUAAUUUACUCGGUUAAUUGCGGUGCAUUUAGCGACGAAAUUGAGGAUAAUUCGCUGUCGAGGCUAGACGACGAGGGCAACUCUGUCUCCAUCGAAACAUACGAUUUCUGGAGCAAACUCCGUGACAAGGCCUUGAAAAUCCUGAAAAAGCACUUCAGAACCAGCGAAAAGUGCCUGAAGGAGGCGGCCAAGCAGUGCGCCAAAAAGUGGUACAAUCCGAAAAAGCUCAUCAAAUGUGCCAAUGACUUAUUCACCGGGAAGUUAACCGAAUGUCUCAUCGAAGGAUAAUGACGAUAAAUCUGUACACUGAAUCGAUAUUUUAGUAAAAUUAAAUAAAUGAGUUAUGAUCAUAUCACGAGUUAAUUAAUCAUUGUAAAGCUCGUUCGAGCAAUGAGUAUGAUAUAGAUAAAGCAAGCUCUGCGAUAACACUUUG